UGGUAUGCUGCAGAAUUUUAGUAAUUAGUUUAUGUGUGCUAUGCGACGAAAAAGGCUAAAAAUCGCUGCCCUACAGCAUUUGAAGGAUUCCUCCUCACUCUAUAGUUAAAAUUAUUCCUGGUUCUCUUUGUUUACUUCCGGUGUCCUGGGUUACGAGACGAAUACUUUCUAAGGGAAAGCACAUGCAAAUCAGGGAUCAUCAUGCUAGAGACCAUGUCAACACACGGUGUGUAGGCGUGUGUGUAUGGGGGGUGUCCUGGAGGAUGUUUGAGGGGGGUCAAUGGGCAAGGAUGAAGAGACAAGGCAUGGAGGGAGUGGGCAUGGACUGCUCAGUGCCUCUCAGGCUGGAUGGUCCCUGGCUGACCUGUGUCUUUGGGGUCAGGCCCAGCUUGAGCCAUUGUGAAGCACACAAUCUCGCCUUUCCCCCAUCCCUGCCCCAGCUGACAGUGGCCCAUGCAACUGGGGGCUCUAAGGCUGGGUCAUGGCCUAAGAACAGCAGCUACCCCUACAAUGACCUUGUUCCAAUGGCCUUGUGAUUGGGGUGGGGGAAGGCUGGUUCCUGGAACUGGGGGCCUCCUGUUGGGUCUUAGGUGGGGGAGUUACCAGGCCCCCCCUCUUCUUGGCUUUACUUUCUCAUUUGUGCAAUGGAAACAGACACCCACAGCUUCUUCCAUCAGACCCUGCGCAUCCAGCUGACAAACUGAUGGGAUGGGAGCCUUUUUGGCAGUCCUGUGGGAUUAGGGAAAGGGUGGGGGUGGGGGGCCAUGGGGUUUGUGCAGCCUCUGGAGCAGGUAAUGGAUGAUGGGGAGAAGUCAUAGAUGAUGGGGGUUGUAGAAGUUGGGGUCAUUGAAGAUGAGGAAGGGGCCAGAGAACAGAAGGGUUAAUGGUCACAGGAGAUAGAGUGGAAAUUUCACUAAGGUGGUUGAUCAGGGGGACUUCUGAGAAGAAAGGGAAUGAUGGAGAUAAGACCCAAGUGGGAGCAGCAGAGACCAUGGAAAUGAGGCUUCUUUAAGAGAGGCCAGAAAAUGUUCCCUAAUUUUGGCUGCCAAGCCAACCAGGGAAAUUCCCAUAAUGCCAGUUUUCAAAGUCUCAGAAUUGCAGAAUACUAUUGCUUUGACCUCAUACAAAGAAUAAAAUUUACCCAAUAGGUUUCCAGGCUUACAAUUAUGUUCAUCACAACUUCCAUGAGUAGAACAUUUUAAGCAGCUCUGGAAACACUGUCUGGUUUUCUUUGGUUUUGUUUUGUUUUUUAAUCUCAGGUCACUCCCUCCAAAAGGUAGUGGAAAUAAAUUUGAAUAAACAAAACAGGUUUGCUGAAAAUAAAACCAGGACUCUCAACUGCUCCAGCCAGCCUGCCUCCACAGGGCCCUGCCUAUCAGCCUGUACAGCACUGCGCUGGGCGAGCAGCAUCUGGCAGCCGGCAUGAACCAGGUGGUUGCCUUCUUAGCAAUAGUCAUGGGAACACACACCCUCAAUAUUCGGCCUCAGAAGGACUGCAUCCACUGGCCCCGCUGCUUCUCCAUCAAACAACAGGACUCCGCUGAAGAGCUGAACACGGUGCUCACACCUCCCCCAGAGAUUGAGAGCCACCACCCAGUAUCCUGCAGGGCCAGCGAAGAUGGACCCCUCAACCGCAGGUCCAUCUCUCCAUGGAGAUAUGUGUUGGACAGGGACUUGAACCGGCUCCCUCAGGACCUGUAUCACGCCCGUUGCCUGUGUCCACACUGCGUCAGCCUACAGACAGGCUCCCACAUGGACCCCCUGGGCAACUCGGAGCUCCUCUACCACAACCAGACCGUCUUCUACCGCCGGCGGUGCCCCGGAGAGCAGGGUGCCCAUGAUGGCUAUUGCCUGGAGCGCAGGCUCUACCGUGUCUCCUUUGCUUGUGUGUGCGUGCGGCCCCGUGUGAUGGCCUAGUCAUGCUGCCCAGGGCUGGCCUCCGGUCGGAACACUGGAGCUGGGCGGACAAGCAUGUGCCAGGGUGAGCCAGGACGCCCCAGUGCUCAGCCCCCCCCCAAAGCAUCAUCUGGAGCAAUAGGAUCGUGGGACAGGAUAGGGACCUUAGAGGAAACACACUUUGCACUUUUUGGAGUGGAUGGGAAGUGCAGGUGAAGCGAAGGGGGCAGCAGCUGCUGUGGCUGCUGGAACUGGCAUCCUGAUUUCCUCCCAUCAAGCCCUGCGCAUUCCAGGAGGCCACCGCCUGGCUCUUCCUUCCCUCCCCUUCCCAGCUGCCCUCGUGAAGCACAGGCACUUUCUUGAUAUUUUCCCUCCUGCCAACAAAGAACCCCUCAUUUCAUUCAUUUGUUCAUUCAUUCAUUCAUUCAUUCAUUCAUUCAUUCAUUCAUUCAACACUCUGAGCAUACUAGUCUCUUGACAUGGUGACUCUGAGGACUAGGUUGUUAUUGAGCAUGGAGAGACUUAUCCAAAUAAAUAAUCUGUAUUGAAAAGUGGCUUAAUUUGUCUUCGGCAUCCUGGUGCCUGAGCAUCUUCUGGCACCAGCCCAGUCCCUUGUCUUCCCCAUGGUCAGCCCUCACCUA